UCUUCGCCGUUGAUCGCCAUUACUUUCUACAGAGCAAAUGGUACACCGCUGUUGCGCUAGAUCAAAAGAAAGCAGCAAAUGCACAAAUAAAAAGCCUUAAAAACCCUAGCUUGCUUCUUCUUCUUGGUUGCCGCCAUUCCCCAGAGCUUCAACGCAUUCUUUCACGGGAUAAACUGAAAAUGAGUCGAACGGCGGGAUCGAAGGGGAAGAAGAAGGGAGUUACCUUCACUAUCGAUUGUUCGAAGCCAGUGGAGGAUAAAAUCAUGGACAUUGCCUCUCUGGAAAAGUUCCUUCAAGAGAGAAUCAAGGUUGGAGGCAAGGCUGGUGCACUUGGUGAAACCGUAGCGCUCACUCGCGAGAAGAGCAAAAUUACUGUCACUUCCGAUGGCGACUUCUCUAAGAGGUAUCUGAAGUACUUAACAAAAAAAUACUUGAAGAAACACAAUGUACGGGAUUGGCUCCGAGUAAUUGCUUCCAACAAAGAUCGAACUGUUUACGAGUUAAGGUACUUCAACAUUGCUGAGAACGAGGGAGAGGAAGAAGAUUGAUUUCUUGGGUGAACAACCAGUUUUAAUGCUAGCUGAUUUGCCACCUUUUUUUUUUGUUUGAUUGUUGGGGCUUUAGACAACCAGGUUUAUAAAAACUUUUGUUAUUUACUGAAACAUGAGAUUUUGCAAUGGCUCUGUUUUACCAAUUGAAUGUAUUUUAUGUUGUGAGUUUGUCAA